UCCCUUUUUUUUUCGCUGGGUCGUCUGCUGAUAAAACGAGAGGAUACAAUUUGUGUGACUAUAUAGUUCAGUGCUCAUUUGGGAUUUCUCCACUUAGAUCUACGCUGUGAUGUCGGUGUCAUUUUUGGCUUAAAAAUUAUUCGCAAACAUUUCAACCUUUCCUGGAGAAAUAACAUAUUACGUACAUACAUAUAACACAAGUAAUUACUUCAGUGAGGCCAACGAUAUGUCGGAGAUGUUUAGGUAGAUUUUAUUGUUUAUAAAUAGAACCAUGUGGUGUUAUUCUAGAACCCAGAAAUGUAAAUGAACGGACACCAAGUGAUCUAAACUGGGGUACUGCACGUGUAAAUAUAUAGGAGGGCUAUGAAGGAUACAGAGCUGACUCUGAAGACUUAAUGUCCAGCGAGCACUUACCCCACAUGGCUUCUCGUAGCUUGCAUGGGUCCACUCUUAACAUCGAUCACGGGCAGUCUGACUCCUUGUCGCCCCAAGUGGAGGAUGAAUUCUUACAUGCCGUGGACUUUGGUGACGUGGCAGCGGUCAAAGAUCUCCUGGAGAAGUACCCUGGUCUCAAUGUCGACUGCACGGACCCACUGGGCCGGACACCACUAAGGCUAGCGGUCAAGAAUGAAAACAAAGAGUUAGUGGAGCUGCUGUUGGGUUUGUCCAGUCCAGACAAUAUGAAUGAAGCGGUACUUCAAGCUAUUGAUUCUGGAGCUACAAACAUUGCUGAGAUUACACUGAGGCAUCCCAGGUAUCUCGAGGCUUCUAAAAGGAUGAGGCGUAUGGGUGACGUGGAAGGCUUCUUUAAGCCUGAAAGAGGUUCCCAGUUUCCAAGCUAUGUCACCCCUUUAAUUUUGGCUGCACAGAAGAAUGAGUACCCUAUAGUUCAACUGUUAUUACAAAGAGGAGAAAGUAUUAUUAGACCUCACAAAUUUGGAUGUGGCUGCCAGGAAUGUAUAAACAAGCAAAAAUUUGACCAGCUGAGAUCUGCCAAAUGUAGAUUGGAUGCUUAUAUGGGCCUUGCUAGUGAGGCAUAUGUAUCUCUCUACAGCAAAGAUCCAUUUCUGACUGCUUUUGAGUUAGCUCAGGAGCUGCGUCAAUUAGCAGAUUCAGAAGUAUUUUUCAAGAAAGAAUACACAGACCUGGCAGACAAGCUGAGCAACUAUGUGGUCAAACUACUGGACAGAGUGUGGACACACAGAGAACUGAGUGCUGUUCUGGAUAAAUGUGGUGCUCCGCAGGAUGAUGUUUAUGAGAGUUUGUCUCGAUUCAAGAUGGCUGUAGAACUAGAAGAAAAACUGUUUGUGGCCCAUCCAAAUUGUCAACAGAGGAUUGAGCGAUGUUGGUAUGAAGGCCUUGAGAAGUACACCCACCAGACCUGGCCAAAGAUACUGGCACUAACAGCCCUCUUCAUAUUGGGCUAUCCUGUGAUUGUUGGAUACUUUCUUGUAGCACCAAAAUCAAAGGCUGGUAGGUUGCUGAAUGUCCCAAUCGUCAAGUUUGUCAGCCAUGCUAUAUCAUUUUUUGUAUACCUCAUUCUUAUCAUUAUAUCCUGCAUUGAGCAAAUGGAAUUGACCUCCAAUGAAAACACAUUGAAAAUAAGAUACAACCAGACAGUCUACAGAGUUUAUCAUGAGCUGAUUAAGAAAGACAAAUACCAUUUGUAUGGAGAAGAUUUCCCAUUGAGAAACUUUGAUCCAACUGUAUCAGAGAUUAUGAUUAUCUUGUGGAUAAUAGCUAUGCUCAUUCAAGAAUGUCAAGAACUCUGGGCUCAAGGAUUUAAAAGUCAUUUGAGCGACAAGUUCAAUAUUCUAGACUUUAUGCUUUUGUCUGUUUACAUUGCUACCUACACUCUCAAAUAUUUUUGCUUGUACAAGUUCAAAAAAAGUGUUGUUGCCUUAAGUCAUGUGGAAGUACUGGCUGACAGUGAUGCAGCAUUUAGACAUCUUUAUUGGAUGAAUGCAGAUCGCAUCAACUGGGAUGUAAUGGAUCCAAUAAAUACAUCCGAAGGUCUUUUUGCGAUGGCAAACAUUUUAAGUUUUUCAAGAAUUUCGUAUCUUUUAAGAGCCAAUGAGAUUCUAGGACCACUGCAGAUUUCUUUAGGCAAGAUGAUCAAUGAUAUUUUAAAGUUUUUUGUAUUUGCGGCCAUAGUAAUCAUAGCCUUCAUGGUAGCACUGAACAAUUUGUACUGGUAUUACUCCUACAGAGAAGAUAUUGAGGUGGAUAGCAAUAAGAUUGAAAGACCAGGAGCUGUGGAUGCUUAUGGGAGUGUAAUGCAAACUUUCCGUACAGUAUUCUGGUCAAUCUAUGGCCGUGGUGAGGAGAAAGCAGUUGGACUCGGUGCCUACAAUAACACUAUGACGGAGAAGAUUGGUGAGACUAUUGAUGCCUUGUAUCAUAUCAGCAUGAUCAUUUUACUCAUGAACAUUCUCAUAGCAAUGAUGACCAGAACAUUUGAAAAAACUGCUGAAGAUGCUGAUAUUGAGUGGAAGUUUGCUCGCAGUGCUCUCUACUUAGAGUACAUUACAAAAGGACGAGUUCUACCUGUACCUUUUAACAUUCUGGAAGUGGCCCAUUCCCUGAUAAGCCAUGUCAUUCAGAUCAUACGAAAGCGACAACCUGUUGAGAUAACUAUCACUGAUGUCUACAGUGGUGCACGCAGAGCAGCCAUCACAAGUAUGGCUUCCAAUUUGCCAAAACAGAGGGCCAAACCCUCUACUGUAGAGACCAAAAUUGAUGAGCCGCCUGCUGGUCAAGGAAGAUUUAUCCCAAAACUUAGAAGUUUAAAAGGAUGGACUUUAUAUCAGGAAGUUAUUCAAAGUAUCAUACAAAGGUUUAUCUAUGAUGUUCACAGAGAGAAUGAAACAGCAGGGACUGAUGAUGUGAAAGGAUCAUUUGAACAAAUGCGUCAUGAAGUCAUGUCCCAGUACAAGGCCAAGGAAGAAAGUUUGAACAUGGCUGUAAAUGCGAUACAAUUCGUCUCUUGGCAAGUCAGCUCUUUAAAUGGUCAAGUCUCUGAAGACUCUGAGCAAUGUCCAGUUUUUACCUGGGGGAGAGGAGACAGUGUUGAGAGCCAGAGCUCUACUACAGAUAUAAAUACCAGCACAUCAGAUCUGUCAGUCAGCUACAAUGAACAGCAUGAAAAUAUUUUGUGUGAUGUCCAUGAGGAACCUGAUGAGUUAGAUAAACCACAGCCUCUGGUAGAUCAAACAUAGAAAUAUUCAGAUUGACUAUUAAUAUACCAUCAUGCCAGUUUUAUACUUGGUAAUCAAUUUUAUAUUUAUUUUUAAAAAUAAUUGAAAUAAGAUUACAAAAUGUAUAGGUCUGUGCUUAUACAUGGACAUUGUGUCUAAGAUGACGAGCUUUUGAGUUUGAAUAUUACUUGAGGUUCUAAGGGCUUUCAACUGUUAAUGUAAACCUACUUUCUCAAGCCAGAGACAUUUUGAGUUGUAUUAUCUCUGUUGUACUAGAAGUUACAUGAGUCAUUGCAAAAAAGAUACUAUGGUAAUAAAGGCAACAUCCAUCAUAAAUGAAUGGCUAACUUGAAAAUUUUCUUAACAAAAAUAAUUUACAAAGACUGAAUUUACUGAUGGUUAAUUACAGACACUUUUCCAAAAUCUUUCAGAAUGUAUUUAAAAUGUUAACAGUUGUUGCCAAACAUUUUCUUAAUCCCAUCUCAUGCCAACUGUCCAUUCUCCUAAAGGUCAAUGUACAGUAUAAAAACUGAUUUAAUUUUCUAUUUUUUUUAACAAGUAAUUCUUCAAGCUGCAACUCUUCUUUCCUGCACAAAAUGUAGGAAUCACUUGCCUAUAUAUUAUAGUGGUUCUGUUUAUAUUGUUACUUGUUUCAAUCUUUUAUGCAAAUAGUUAAGAUCAUAAAUGUAUCAUAAAGAUGUUUGUACACCAUUAACAUUUUGUGGACAGUUUUUAUCCAGCUAGAAGGCAUUUAUUCAACUACUUUAGUUUUGCUGUAUACUGCAUAUUUUGAUGUCUUAAUGUUUCGGUAAAUUAACCUGAUGGGAUUGUGUAGAAAAGGCAAAGGGUACACAAUCCUGACACAAUUUAUAAAAAUGAUCUUAAUGUUUAUUCACUUGAAUGUAAGCUCUUUGAACUUUGUUUCUAUAAAUAUAUAAAAGUUAGUUUUUUGUUUUUUUGUGAGAUUAUGAAAUGUUACAAUUAUUUUUUAGCUGGCAUUUAAAAAAUAUUUUUGCACAUCAAAGAUAAAAUUCAAAUCCAAUAAUUUUGUCCAGAGGAGCAAAGAUUUCAAAUAAAGUUCUCCUUUCAGACCAUGGCAUCUAUGGGUCAGAUGAUUUAAAGGUCAUCUGUUUCUGCCCACAGUUAACGAGGGUAUCAUGUGGCCAGCAAAACAACCAACGGCCUUUACUUUUCCCCAACUAAUGUGAGGUACCCAUUAGAGUUGGGUGAAUUCAGAGGCACCCUAAAGAUCCCGAAAUAAAAAAUUCCAGUCUUCAUCAGUAUUCAAACCUGGGACCCCUUGGUUCAGAAGUCAAAUGCUUUACCACUCAGCACCGCAUCUCCUGCAUUUUUAAAUAAAGCUGCUAAAAUUGUUAAAUAUAUAUGGGCACAAUUUUGUUAUGAAUGAAUGCCCUCUAGGUAUAGUGUUAUAUACAGAUUGUUACUUUCUUACUGUCACUGUUCUAAAAAUGGUCCAACUGAAAUAUUUCCUAGUCUGGCUGAAUUAAAGAAUUCUGAUCUCUUUUUCUAGCAUGCUAAAUACAACCUGGACUUUUUUUUCUCUAUCAUUUUAAACACAUCUCGACUUCUGAAUGUGUAAUACACAUGACCACUUGUAGCAAUGGUCAACAUUGAUUUAUCCAUGUAUGUGCAUUCAACAUAGACUUAUAUUAUGGCUAAAUUAAAGCUUAUCUGUACCUUGAUUUUAGGGAUGACUUGUAGGCUUUCUGUAACUUCAUGCAAAUGAUGGGCAAAUCUUUUAAAAUAAUUUUCAUGUAGGCUUCAUUAAAAUAAUAAUAAUAAUAAUAAUUUUAUUUAUAAAGUGCUGUUAACAAACAAAAUGUAGGCUCAAGGCGCUGUAAUAACAUCACAAACACAGACACGACAACAGAAAUCAAAAACUAAUCUAAAAAAGUUUUAAACAAGUAGGUCUUAAUGUUCUUCUUAAAAGUGGUACAAUUUUUUAAUUUUUUAACAUUUAAAAAAUAGUUUGGAUUGGUUUUUUUCUUCAGUGGGAAGUUUUACCGAAUGAUGUGUGACUUGUAUUUUUCAAGUGUUAGAAUUUAGAGAUGAGUACUAGACCUGAUACACGUUUGUGUUUUUGUGUUUUAUAUGUUUUGGACAUUUCUUUAGUGAGGAAGAUUAUUUUAUCCUAGUCCAAACCUGCUGCAGGACAUCAGCUAAUCGAAGGAGAUGGGGUCCAAACUUAUUGAGCUGACAGGCACCUAAAUUGUCAUCUAUGUAUAAAUCUAAAAAUAGACAACUGGUAUAGAUUGAAUUUUAAAAGAAGAAAAACAAAAAAAUACUUUUUAAAGAACACAAAGCUUAUAUGAAUUGUAAUUGCAUUAAUUAGUUUGGAUCAGUCAUGUAAUUAAAUUUCUAAUAGAUCUAGACCAACCACAAUAAAUCUGUGGAAAUAUUUUCACCAAUUGUUAUUGUUUAGAGCUAUUCCAUGCUUUUAGCUUUCUCAUUCGCUAUGAUCCUAACACUGCUCUGGACAAGUUGCAAAAAAUGGGGAGGGGGAAAGAAAAAAAAAGGAUAUUUGGGUGAAUUUUUUACUGUAAUCAGUUUUUUAAAGCAUUUAUAUGCCUGAAUUCAAACUCUUCCUUCUCAAGCGGUUUGCGCCCAGGACUAUCAAUGGUCCCUGGUUCAAACCCUGCCUGCCAGGGCCGGUCUUACAGAUUGCGGGGUCCUUUGCGAAAUGGAUUGCGCUGGGCCUAGUCUGGUUAGGGAUAAGGAUAAUAAGUGAAAAUUAAGAUUUUUUGUUAGAAAAUAACUUCGCCUUUGCAUUUUAUUUUUACCUUGAUCAAGGUCAAAUUAACUUUACAAGCCAUCUACAAUUGUCGUUUUCCAAUAAAAAGCCAAUGAAAAUUCAGAUCUGCCUUUUAGAUUUACUAUCGACUAGCAAAAUAUCGCUUUAAUAUUUUUAAAGAGAUCAAGAUAGAUUUAGAUUUAUAUUUAUUAUUUAUAUGCCAGUUGAGUGACUAUUACAUUAAAUUAAGCAUUGGAACUUCCUGUUUUUGGUUAAAAUUUGCUUUAUUUUUACAUUUUUAUUAAAUGAAAGCUGACAAUGCCGAUUUCUUUAUAUUGCGAGUAGGAUUGGCGUUUUCCAUACAGAAUGACAUCCCAAAAUAACAAUUUGGUAUAUUUUUUUAGGACAUUUUUAUGAGUUUUCAGGAUAUUUUAAUAAUUUCAGGAGAUUUUCAUGAUUUUUUCGUAUACUUUGCAAUUUUUUUGAGAGUUCCAGUAGCUCCUGGAAAAUCAGGAGGCAGUGGGAACACUGUUAUAAGUUAAAAUUUAAUAAUUUACAAUUAGAGUUAGCGCGGGGCCUAUGAAAGUGCGGGUCCCACUGCGGCCGCAUAGGUUGCAGUGCCCUAAGGCUGGCCCUGAUGCCUGCAUCCAUCUCCCAUCAUCCUGCAGGAGGUUUGGACUAGGAAGUAAAUUAUUUUCAACUCUAAAGGAACAUCCGAAACAUGGAAAAUAUUUUACAAUCAUUUUUACAAAGCUAGUGAGGUGAUUAUGAAAAUAGACGAUUGUAUAGUUUGUUUCAAAUUAUUUAAAGCAGCAACCUUUAAGGGGACUAGUUCAUCUUAUAUCACCACUUCAGUCAAGUACAAUUUCUUUCCCUUGUUUGAGAUUCCGAACAAAAUAAUUAAUUACCAAAAGUUAACUCAUUAUGAGUUAAUUUUUUAAAAUUGAUUCUUGUGUUGUCAGGUAAAAGAAAUAAUUGUGCAAAAUUUCAGCUUGAUCCAAGAUUGGGUGUGGGAGAAAUAGUGUUACAAACUUUUUACCAGACAGAGUGAGUUAAUAUAAGCUUUGUAACAAUUACUAGUUGGACCCAAGUUUCAAAUGUUGAUACGCAAAAGAAAUCACAUUUUUUAUGUUUCACCUUUGAAAUUAUUAUUUUUUUUGCUACACAAUUUGUAUUGUGAAUAGAUUUGAAUUUUAUGUCAUGCUGACACUAUUUCAUUAUGUCAACCUUUUUUUUUUAUUAAAUUGUAUUUCAAACUGAAGAGGUUAGGAUGACCUCCACAUUCUGAAUGUAAUGUUUCAAUUAUGAAAAUCAAUUUUGAUGUAAAGAUUGACAGUCUUCCAGGAAAUGUGUUGCAAUAAAUACUAGGAGGAGCUGUGCUAGAACUCCAGGCCAUUAGAAACACUUGUAAAUACAUGUUUGGUAAUCACACAGUGUGUUUUUCUUUGUUUCAUAAUUUCUUAUUUGAUUGUACUUGCUGGAUGCACUUACAAGAACAUUUUGUUAAAAGUUUACAUCUGUAGAAUAUUUUCAUAGAUGAAACAAAUAAAAACAAAACUUUGAAUUCAUCGGUCACUUAGACGUUUUUUUAUUAUUGUGAAAGCAGCAAAAUGUUUCUACUUACUGUCUUUAUUUUCACCAGGCUAUGUUUAGCUCAACACAAUUACUGAUUAUUACUAAAUGCCAAACAAUAAUUGACUAAGUUUAGUCCUAUUAUGUGUUGCAUGUUUUUUUAAAUAAACCCUGUUUUUAAUAUUUAAUAAUAAUUAAGGUGUCCUUUUUUAUUAACAGUAUUUUAAAAAUAUAAUUUUGUUGGAUAAACUUGUAAGUUGUCACAACAAACUCCAGCUGAACUCUUCUGUUAUGAAGUAACAAGUAUUACAUUUUAGGACAUUUUUCUAUUAUGUCAACAGUCAAACUUUUUUCUUGCAAUUAGAUCUGGGGCUGGGCUGAGGAAAUCUAUCUUAAUGUGAGCCUCACAAUACAUUUAAAAGUUUAAAAAAUCUAUGCUAAUUAAAAAUGUGUUUUAAAUGGUAAAUUUUUCAAUGUGAUGUUAAUAUAUUAAAAAAACAACAAAAUAGUAAAUAAUGAAUGUAAAUAAUUUAUUUGAUCAGAAAAAAAAAUAGAUUUUAUUACACACAGCAGUAGUAUCUGUUGACCACAUAAAGAAUGUGGAAGACCACAUACAAAAUGUUCCACAUGUACAGCACAGACUAAGGUACACAAUGCGAGUAUCGUAAGAAAUAGAUGUCUUAAGUUCAUUAACAAAACUGGCCAAAACUGUAUAAACUGGUCAUUUUAAACAUUCAAAAAAUAAAUGUAACAAAUUUAAGUUUAACCGUAUCUAGUUUUGUAUUUACAUUAGCUAUUUAAUAUAUAUGUAUAUUAUGUUAAAAUGCCAUGCUUAGAUCAAUAGCAGACAAAAAACCCAGAUACAAUCUAAACAGUUGUGUAUGCCAUAAAACUUGUUAAGGCAUGCAUUGUAUAUGAAACAGUGGCAGAUAUAUGGAAUAUAGAAAACCCUUUUUGGAAGCCAGAAAAAAGAAGUUCUAUGGUCAUUGCAAGCAUCAAGGAAUCAACCUUUUUUUUUUUUU